UGACUCAUUCGCUCUCUACUCAUCAGACCACAACACACCGCCUUUCACAGCCGGUACACAUAAUUACUUCAGGCAGCGAAAAACACUUCAGUCAACAAAUGUUUAUGUCGUUUAAUAGACGCGAAUUAAAAUAUCAAGCGCAUUUUGGGAAUCACCAGUUGGAAAGCGGAUACUAUUGUCAACUUGUUACCCUUCUUGCAGUCAUUCUAACUCUCUCUGCUCACUCAACAACAGCAAAUAUGUCGAACGCUGGUCAACUCUCAGUGCAACAUGAAUUCGCCCGUAAGUCAGCGCAAUUCGCGAUCAAUUUGUUCAAUUUCAUGUAUCACAGAGAGCCGCAGAAGAAUAUUAUAUAUUCACCCUUCUCGAUACAGACAUGCGUUGCUAUGGCACGCAUAGGGGCUACCGGUGAAACUGCGGCCGAACUUGACCGCGGACUGGGCCUGCCAUCGAGCGAUGUGUCUGUCAUAGCAGACACCUUUCACAACGUCUUGGCCACCUACACAAAUAGUACAAUUUUGAAAAUUGCCAACAAGAUUUACGUCAUGCAGGGCUACGAAAUAGCCCCGAAAUUUAAUGAAAUCGCUACGACCAAGUUCUUUUCCUCUGCAGACAGCAUUGACUUCCGCAGUAAUGUUGCUGCAGCGAACACAAUUAACCAGUGGGUUGAGUCCCAGACCAAUAACCUAAUUAGAAAUCUCAUUUCGCCGGACGCUUUGAACGCAGACACACGUGUAGUGUUGAUUAACGCAAUUCAUUUCAAGGGUGAAUGGAAGUAUCAGUUUCCGAAGCAAGCAACACGAGAGGAUAAUUUCUACCUGAAUGAAGUCGAUUCAGUUCGAGUGCCAAUGAUGAAUGUCAAGGAGACUUUCGGUUAUGGCGUCAUAGCAGAGCUGGACGCAGCGGUGCUCGAAAUGCCCUACAAGGACUCCGAUCUCUCCAUGCUGGUUAUAUUACCCAACUCCCGCACUGGUCUGGCCAGUCUGCACGAGAAACUGAAGAGCUACGAUAUCUCAGAGAUCACACAGCGUUUGUAUCCAACGAAAGUCAUAGUGAAGUUUCCGAAAUUCAAGGCCGAAUAUGAUAUCGAGCUGAAUGAAGCUUUGCAAAACCUUGGUAUGGCGCGCAUGUUCAGCAGACAGGCUGAGUUCGAUCAUUUGCUCGAGUCCAAUGAGCGAUUACAGGUCUCUAAAGUAGUGCACAAAGCCUUCAUCGAGGUGAACGAAGAAGGCACUGAAGCCGCAGCGGCAACCGCCAUGACGUCUUACUUCAGUGGACCCGCUGCGCCUAUGCAGCCACCAAGAAUUUUUAAAGCUGAUAGGCCAUUCGUAUUUUUAAUAAAAAAUAUCAGGAAUUCUCUAUUAUUUGCUGGACAAAAAUCAAAUCAAUAUUGAGGAAAGGGAUGCUAAUGACCUUCGAAAAUAUUCACAAAAAUAAAAUAAAAUGCAAAAAGACAUUUACAUAAAUUUAAAUUAAAAUACAUACUUACGUAAAAAACAUUUUAAAUGUACAUAUAUAAAUUAUAUAAUAAAUUGCAUACAAUAUUUCGUACCUAAUGAAUAAUAUAUUCACAUUUUAUUAUUAAUAAAGAAAUUUACAUGUUAAAUGGAAAGGUAUUUUUAUACAUAAUAUGUAUAUGUAUGCAAAUAAUAUUUUGUUUUAAUUUCUAAGCCUUUUUGGCAAAUAAGAUACAGCAGCUGAAUAACAUUAAAUCAUAAUAACCUAUGUACAUUAGGGUGGUUUAAAAAUGCAUGUGAAAAGGUAAAGUCAGAAUGUUUAUGCUCUCCUCCCCUAGGAUUGUUCUAUGCCG